AUGUGGUUCACGCACGAUUCUGAAGAGUCUCAAGCACACUCGCAGGUGACUGGUGGGCACAGCGCUAAACUGACCCAUGAGCUCCUUGCCGCUGCCGCGUCCUACGAGGCGGCCCAAGCAUACGAGAAGCACGUCCAGAAGAAUGGAAAACCCGCAAACCAUGCAAAAGCCGUAGAGCUGCUUGCGGCACUGACGGGUGGCUUUGUUGACCGCAUUGCAGAGACCAAGGGAAUGGACGCACUUGAUAAGGAAAAAGCCAAGCAUGCAGCACAUGAACGCGCCAAAGCCGCACUCGAGAAACAAGGAGAAUUUUGAAUGUGCUUUAGUACUGGUAGUUUGAACAUGCGCAUUGCACGAUGGACUUUGAGCAUCACGAUGUAUAAUAUAGGCUAUCUAUUAUAGCGGAUCGAAUUCCAGAAUGUGAAGUCUAGCUUGCAGAAGAAAACACUUCAGUCAGAUAAAAACACGUUGCAAUUCAUCGCACCCAUCAAUUUAGCACGGCCGAAAUCGAAGACAUCAUCGAUCCACUUGAUAUAACUAGAAGAGGACUUUAAG